UCUUAGUCCAAUCCCCCCCCGGGAUUCUGGUCUGAUUAAAUUUGAAAAUUUUUCCACUUCUGGUUCCUACCGUCCACCAGUGCGUCGCUUCAUCCUCCCCGCAGCCUGAGCGAAGCAGACGGGCGUCCAAUGAAUCUCCUCACCGUGCUGAGCACGACCAUUCUACUAUCCACGGUCAACGGCAGCUCGCAAUCCGACACCCAAACACAGAAUGACACUUCGCACUUCUCCCAAACCACCAAAUACCCUCUUCCCAACGUGGGCAACGUAGCCGCCCACGACCCCAAUAUCCUGCGCCACGAUGGGGCCUACUGGCUUUUUAAGGGCGGUGUCCACCUCCCCAUGUACAAGGCCUCCAGCAUGUCCGGGCCCUGGACGCAGCUCGGCACCGUCCUCGACGGCGACAGCAUCAUCCCCAAGCAGAACAGCAGUCGCCCCUGGGCGCCGACCGCCAUCGAGUGGAACGACACGUUCUACUGCUUCUACUCGAUCAGCAAAGCCGGCAGCCGUGACAGCGCCAUUGGUGUUGCGACCUCGACAACGCAAUUGGAUCCGGGCAGCUGGACGGACCACGGCGCGCUGAUCAACACCGGCCAGGGCAAUGGGUCGGAUACGGCCCCCUACACGGACUCGAAUGCCAUCGACCCGGCCUUUAUCGAGGAGCAGACGACGGGCCAGCCUUUCUUGUUGUAUGGGAGCUACUGGCACGGCAUCUAUCUGGUACCGCUGGAUGCGGACCUGCUGUCCGUCAAGGCGCCGGGGCAACCUAAUGCAACGACGACGAACCUGGUCUAUCAGCCGGAUGGGAAGGUGAAGCCGGUGGAGGGGUCAUUUAUGAGCUACCGGGAGCCUUAUUAUUAUCUUUGGUUCAGUCAUGGCAAAUGUUGUGGGUUUGACAAUGGGUUUCCGGCUAAGGGAAAGGAGUAUAGCAUUCGGGUUGGUCGGUCGCAGGAUGUGAGAGGGCCAUUCGUGGAUAAAGAUGGCCACCAGUUGAUCGAUGGAGGCGGGACGGUGGUCUAUGGCUCGAAUCAUGGAUCGGUUUAUGCUCCCGGAGGGGUGGGUGUUUUGUCGGGUACAGAUGGGGACUCGGAUGUUCUGUACUAUCAUUACCUCAAUACUUCGAUUGGAUUCAAGGAUACUGAUGCGCAGCUGGGCUGGAACUACCUCAAGUAUCAGGACGGAUGGCCAGUCGCUCACUCAGGAGACAACAGCACCGGAACGAGCGAAAGCAGCGGUGGCACGGUUCGACCGAGCUAUCUGCUACAUAUUCUUGCAUUCAUUACUUGGGGCUAUCUUUGGCUGCCCAGUUGGUGAAUCAUGCUGGCAGACUUGAUAGAUGAUUACCCGUGCAGAUAAUCUUAGAUGAUGCAUGGCGACACGAGAUAACACGAAUGAAACGACAAAUAGACCUGCUACACACUAGAUACCUGGCAUCUAAUUCGCAAACAACAUAUAGCACAUAAUUUCCACCAAAGUCGAAUGCAUACUCGGCAUUGAGACAGCAUGUACAAUCUACACGAACUUGAAGUCACGGAUCCCAGCCACCGUCCACAAUCAACACCUGCCCCGUGAUAUACGAACUCGCAUCGCUCAGCAGGAACACCACCGACUCUGCCACCUCCUCCGCAGUACCUAAUCUCGAGAAGACGGUAGGCAUUGCAUUCAGUGUUC